AUGUACAUGAUCACAUCAAUCACUGACCGCCGGGACAAGAAGCCUGGCAGCCUCGUUGCUGACCCUCUGAACCUCAACAAUGUCCUUUUUACUGUUGAUUCCAAUACGUUGAAGAAAGACUACCCUCGCAUUAAUAGCUCGAGUCACAGCAGCAAGGAGAUUACCCAAAAAACCAAGCAAACGUUGAAAAUGAAAGCCACUGGAUUCCCCAGCUGCCGCCACCCGGAACCGGUGUAUAUGGUUACCGGUUUGAUACUUGCUAAGGGUCUGACACUGGACGUCGAAAACGAAAGCAUCAGUUUUCAGAUCAAGUGUGAAAAAGGUGCUUUCUUUGCCUACCAGCUGCCGAAGUUGGAGACCAAAGGGUUGAAAGCGAGAAGAGAAACAUUUACUGACCCCGAAGCCUUCUCGUUGCCUGGGGAUGAUGGCAUACACAAUAACGAGAAGGAACUUACCAUACAAUCUACAGAGGUGGAAAGUGCUGAUAGAUGGGCAAGGGAGAUGGAACAGGUUAUCCAGACCCUCUAG